AGAAAGGACUAUGUUUUGUGGCCGAAGACUUACAGCAUUAUGCCUGAAAAACCAAAGGCAUAUUUGUUAUAGAGUUAGUUCUAAUUCAAAGCUCCUCACAAAUAUGGAAACGGUAAAUGUUUUCGAAGCAAUAAAGCAAGCGAUUCCACCCUUAGUUGAAUCAAAAUACAAGGGACAAGCAGGGCGUAUUGGUGUUAUUGGAGGCUCAAAAGAGUACACAGGUGCACCAUACUUUGCUGCAAUUUCAGCUUUGAAAGUGGGUUGCGACCUGUCACACGUGUUUUGCACCUCAGAAGCUUCUCAAGUUAUCAAAUCGUACAGCCCUGAACUUAUCGUCCAUCCUCUUUUGGAUGAAGUUGACGCGUUGGACGAGUUUGUAAAUUGGUUACCUCGGUUGCAUACCCUAGUCGUUGGACCUGGUUUAGGAAGAAAUUCUCGCAUUCUUUCUGUAGCGAAGAACAUUGUGAUGAAAGCCAGAGAUGAAGGAAAGCAACUGGUGAUUGACGCUGAUGGCCUAUGGCUUAUUACAACUGAACCUGAUAUUAUAAGUGGAUAUACGUCGUCCGUGCUCACCCCGAACGCCAUGGAAUUUAUUCGUUUGUAUAAAAAAAUGAUUGGAGUUGAGUUGCAGGUAUCAAAUAUUACCCCUGACCAUGUAAAACAGCUUGCAAUGGCUCUUGGUGGUGUCACAAUCAACGCAAAAGGACGACAUGACAUUAUUUCAGAUGGCGAAAAAGUUUUAACGUGUGAAUUGGAAGGAAGUUUAAGACGUUGUGGAGGGCAAGGUGACCUUUUGUCUGGUUCUUUGGGAACAUUUUUAUAUUGGACGUACAAGCACGGCUUGGAACAGAAUCAAACUGAAGGUCACCUAUUAAAGGCAACGUUAUCAGCAGCAUUUGCAGCUUGCUGCCUAACAAGAAGAUGUUCAUAUCUUGCCUUUGAAAAAAAGAAUCGUCAUAUGACUACAUCAGACAUGAUAGAAGAAAUACCUGAAGCUUUUAAACAGUUGUUUUCGUAAUAAAAAGUAUGCUUGGCGCUAAAAUGUAAACAAUAAACAUUCCUUUAUUGUGUAAAUAAUUGUAUACUCUAUAAUUAAGCAAUGCAUUCUCAAUAGUUAUGUCAAAAUAACAAAAACUACUCCGUCUGUUAGCCUACACUGGUGAAUGCAAGAAGCAAGGAUUCUAUGGAAUAAAAAGGGAAUAAUGUAAUUAUUGAUAGUUUGAAUUAUCAUGAAUACCUGAGUAGUUAUCUAUUACGUAUCCGAUUGAACACUGAAACAGUAUUGAAUGUCUGGUGACAUUAUUGGAAACUGGUUCCUAGGAGAUUUUCUGAAAAUGGUUUAAUUGGUUUUAUUCAUAAAGACUGGUCCAACCGUAACAAUUAUGAAGUUGUGUGGUAUGAUGAUUGAGAUAAUUAGAGACCAUUUCAUCUUUCUGUAAUUAAAUUUUUCUAUUUGAUAACAGUUUGCUCCUAUGUACAAUAUUUUGUGAUCAUGGUAUCAUUGGUAUGAUAAUGCAUGCAUUGUAAAAUAUAAACGUGUCAUCAGGUGCUUCAUCAUCAAGGUGCUUCAUGAUUAUAUACGUCGUGUUCAAAAUAAAAUUUAGGCA